AUGCAUCGAUCUCAUCCGAACCCUUCUCCUGUCAGUAGCAAGUAUCUCGCGUACAAAAAAUUUCUUCGAGAUCAAGAGGAGCUUAAACUAAACCUGAAAAACAUUCACAGCUUAAUCGAUCAAUCUGCUCCUACACCUCGUCCGCAUAUAACGGAACGUACUCGCACACGACAACUUCGAGACGACGAAUUGGAGAGGAUUCAAAGUGAAAACGAUCGUCUUCGUUCAAGAAUGAUUAAGAAUGGUGCAUUCACUGAUAAUCAUAACAAUUAUCUAUCACGAAGUUUAAAUGGAAGAAAACGAUAUCGAGAUGAAACGCAACAUCGAUAUGUAAUGGAUCGACUACGAAAGCAAAUUCAUCAUGCACAGUCUGACUUAUCAACAUCGUCGUAUUUGACGUAUUUAGAUGAUUAUGUACAGAUUCUUUGCAAAUGCACUGAUCAGAGUUUGAUUGAGAAAUUAAAUGAAAAUUAUGUUGAUGAAAUACAAAAACAAACGCGUUUUAUUUUAAUUCAAUGGCAUAAUGAACAUUUCAUUGAUCAAUCAUCAUCGUUGUUCAUUGAACGUGUUGGACAUCUCAAUCGGAAAAUGGCCUUGUUGACUGAACGAUGUCAAUUGAACGAAAAGCAAAUGCGACGGAUUGAACAAUUACUUUGUAAUUCGGAAAUGACUCAAUUGAUCGUCUCGAUUUUAGAGUCGAUUUUAGAAUCAACUCACCGACAUCAUGAUCCGUUUCUUCGUCAUUUGGCCAUUCUGAUUGAUUCGUUUUCAUUGAUGCAAUCUCAAAAAACAAUCUUCAAUGAUAUCAGUGAACGUGUCUUAAGAUCGGAUUAUUACCAACAAUACUUGACUGAACUUCUGACGUCCGAAGUUCAACAAAUUCAUCUAUUUUUUGUCGGUGCAAUGAGUCAACUAGCAAAUCAGAUUGAAAAUGCGACCCUAAACGAACUCUAUUCACAGUUUUUAAUUGAAUUUUUUCAUGGCAAACCCAUUCCGAACAAUCCGGAUCUACAUUACUGUACUUUGGGUAUCUUAUCUCAAUUGAAUUUAACAUCUCUAAUCAAUGAUUAUCCAUGUAUAUCAGCAUUAGUUUCGUUUUUUCUUGGUAUAUCGGUGAAGUCGACUGCUGACACCAUGAAAGUAUUUCGUCUACCACUUCUGAAAAUCUUCAAUGCACUGUGCAUUCAAUCAAAAAUAAUUGCUUGCUAUCUGAAUAACAACGAUCUGAUUGAUAUCCUUCUUCAUCAUGUCACCAAUCGAAAUCAACAUUGUCAAAUUCAUAUCUAUGCUUGCCUUCUACUCGGACAUAUCAUUAGUGACAAUCAAUUGAUUCAAUAUCGAAUAAGUCAUAAGUUACUAAUGAAAUUACUCGAUAUUCUAUUCUCUUCGAAAAAUCACAUAGAAAACGUUCUUUUCAGUCUACUGUCAUUAACCAUUCAUGAACAAAUUCAGUUUCUCAUUGCGCAAACCUACCAAUUACGAAAUUUGAUUCAACUAACCGAACAGCACUCCACUGCUUAUGAGAUCAUUUGGAAACUUUCGUUUCAUUCCGAUAUCAUCGAGCAAUUGACGAAACGACAUGAGAAUUUUCUCGAACACUUAUCAACAUUAGCUGAUCAUCCAGCCGCGCAGGGCAUUUUGGAAAACAUUCAAACGAAGAAUAUUCCACAUUUACCGAAUACAAACGCUAUGCCAUUCGAUUAUGCACUCGUUUCAUCGCCGAAAGAUGCCCAUCUCAUUCGCUCGAUUGAAGAUCAACUUCGAAAACAUAAUAUUCAGGCUGGUACAGUGGAUAAUUCACGUUGUAUUAUUCUCUGUAUCAGUGAAGAAUCCAAACAUGAUUGUACAUGUCAAGCGACUAUUCGAAAAGCAUUGAUCGACUGUAAAAAGAUCCUUCCUUGUAUUUUUCAAAAACCCUACCGAAUCGAUGAUUGGUUCGAAACGUUGAAUUUAUCCGAACGGAAAUUUUUCAAUUUGAUUGAAUCAGGUGCGCAAAAACUUCUCCCAGAGAUUCAAAAAGAUUCGCAGCAAUUAUCGACAAUCGUGAAACGCACACGAAUUCUAUCGCCACCACUGAAACGAAAUUCUCAAGCGACGUUCACACUAUCGCCUCCACCUCAACAACCAUCACCUGUGGAAGUUCCACCAAAAGUUCAAGGGAAAAAGAUUCAGACUUGGACCAAUCGAGAAGUCUUACAAUGGUGCGAAAAGAAUCAACUAAAUGGUUUCAAUAAAAUCCUAGCACGUUAUGAUGGACGAAGUUUAUUGACUCUAGCACAUAUCGCGCGAAUGAAUGCGCCACAUACAAUUAUCAAUCAUCUUAGAAAUGAUUGUCGUAAACACGGUCUUCGGUUACCAUACGUUGAAUUUGUUCGUUUUCAAGCAGCACUUGAUGAACUUCUUCGUUUAGAACAAACACUGCUUCGACGACAAUCGGUUUCGUUGUUAGCUAGUCGAUACGUAUACAAAGGAAGCGUAUUUCGAUAUAAGUUGACGACGAAUCAUGGAAUUACUUGCAGGUCUGAAACAAAUGCACUUCGAAUCAUUCAAGCCAAAUUGGAAAAGCCGGAAAAUCUCGAGAAACUCGAUCAAUUGCGUACAGCGGCUGCCCAGCGAAAGCGUACUCUGGAUGAACAAUUACGUACAGCAGUUCAGUCCCAAUUGGAAAGUAUCAAAACUGGUAUUGCUCAAUUACAAAUCUCUCUCGAUAAUAUGAAAACCGUCGAACGUACUAUGCGUGAAACCGACGAGAAGCUACAAAAAAUCGCUCCCCUACAAUCUAAACUUGAAGAUUUACGUCAUGAGGCAAAUACUUAUCGACAAUUGUCGCUAGCUCAAGCUAAUCUGGAUUACAUCAUAAAAACACCUGAAAAUGUCAAGAAAGCCGAUGAACUAAUGUCCGAAGAAAAGCUUCUGCAAGCUCAUCAAUUGAUAAUGGAAAUAGAAAACUCUCGCAACUAUCUUCUGUUCGAACUACAUAAAGUUCAAGAGAAAGAUUCUCAACCUGAUGAUAUCCAAUUAGUAACGAGCUAUUUUGCUGAUUACGAAAGACUUGUUAAACAGCUAAGACAAAUGAUUUCAUUUCGAAUUUCGCGCUGGUAUGAUUGUGCUAUAAGUGCCCCGGAGAAAUUAGUUACUGCAUUACGACUUAUUGAACGUGAAGAACAGGUAGACAGAUUUUGGAUGGAGAAGAAAGAACUAUCUGGAUUCAGUCCGCCGGAUCGACCGAGACAAUGGAAAAAGCUCUGCUUUGAACUGUUGAGAAAAAGUGUGAAAGAUCGAAUCGAAGGAAAUCAAUUAGAAACAAGAGAAGAGCACAAAUACUGGUUAGCACGGCAUCUAGAAAUGUGUCGGCAAAUAUUCUUACGAGACUUUCGAAUCAUUACUAAAACAUGCGUACGUUGUUUUCCAAAACAAUAUGAUAUUGUCAAUCGUUUUCUCGAUUACUAUCACAAUUGCUUGAAAGAACAUCUUACUGAGAUAUGUGAUCCGAAACGACGAAGCGAAGGCGAGGGAUUAACAACUGCGGAAGUCUAUACUAUAGUAACAUUUGUCCGUGAUUAUCAAGGUGCUGAAUGUUUGGGAAGUCCAGAACUACGAUUAGAUAUUAGUCAAUUAUCUCCAUUGUUAGAAAAAGAUAUGUUAGCAGCAGUCACGGAUGUGUUCAUUAACGAAAGAAAACAGAAGUUUAACGAAUGGAUACCGAACAUCAUAUCAUCGGAAGUCAAGGAUUGGUAUGCAUUGAAAGAAGCGGAAUUAACCUCGGAACAUUACUAUGCAACAACAAUGCCGCGUAUGUUAAUCAAUAUGAUUAUCGAAACACUCGACAUGGCAAAACAGAUGUCGGAUGAAACGUGUCAACUAAUUCUGGGAAUGAUUCUACAAAAAGUGAACGAAUUCCGUGAUUUAUACGUGGCUGAAAUCAACAACUAUGCGAAAAAAUAUUUUGCUGACCGCCAAUCGUUUCGCGAAUGUUUCACCAGACAAAUGGUCGCUAAUGCUAACAAUUGUGAAUCGAUACCGAAUUUCAUGGUCAUCGUACGAAAGAAAUACGAUCGCGAUGAUCUAGACGACCUAUCACGUUCGUCACAACAACAAUUAGAUCGGUACGAAAGUAUGGGCAAACUGUUCGAACGCACCGCCGAAUAUUGUUGUGAUGUCAUUUUACAAGAAGUUGAAAUGGAUACAUCAAAAUAUCUCAAAGGACUAUUCACACGAGAAUGGUUUGGUGCUACAGCGAAACCGUGCUGCGGAACGAUUAUUGAAACAACGCGUGAUUACUGGAGCACGGAAUUGACACAUUUGAAAAAACCUUUAUUAGCUUAUCUGUUCUACGCAUGGCAUAAACGUGUCUUAGCGUACUAUUUACGAAAUCUAUUUUCACGUAGUGUACAGAUUAAAUUCGAACGUCCUGACGAACGACGUCGAUGUGCCGAACAACUGCGUUCGGAAGCUGGUCUACUUGAUAGAGAAUUCAAAGCAUGGGAUGGAACGUCAGCUGAAAAUGCCACUGAAUAUCAUUUUAAUAUUUUAAGUAACAUAGCCGAUGUCCUCGAACAAACUGAUUUAGAUUCCAUCGUCCUUGAAGUAGCAACCUUAGCGAAAAAGUACCCAAGUUUAACAAUGGAACAGGUGAUUCAACUUUUAUUAUUACGCGGUGAUUUAACCAAACAAGAAGCGAAGGAUAAAGCGGACGCUGCUCUGGCAAACAUGCCUCGUGUUAAUCAAGGUAUCCUUUCCGAAAUUACAGAAAUUAUCAAUCAACUCAAUUAA